UCAAUUUAUUGUUAGCUUCCGGUUGUUGCCGUCUCCCAAACUGUUCAGUCGGCCCCACCCACAGUGUGUCGUCACGUCCGCGGAACAGCUCUUCCGUCUGUCUCGCGCAUGUGUAGUCCUCUUUACGACUCGGCUGGCGAAGAUGGCGGACGCACAGAACGAGAGGGCUUAUCAGAAGCAGCCCACCAUCUUCCAGAACAAGAAGCGGGUUCUGGCUGUUGAAGGAAGUGGCAAAGAAAAGCUCCCACGUUAUCACAGAAACGUCGGCUUGGGCUUCAAAACCCCCAGAGAGGCUAUUGCUGGCACUUACAUUGAUAAGAAAUGCCCCUUCACUGGAAAUGUGUCCAUCAGAGGCCGUAUUCUCUCUGGUGUGGUGACCAAGAUGAAGAUGCAGAGGACCAUUGUCAUCAGGCGGGACUACUUGCAUUACAUCCGCAAGUACAACCGUUUUGAGAAGAGGCAUAAGAACAUGUCUGUCCACCUUUCUCCAUGCUUCAGGGAUGUGACCGUAGGUGACAUCGUUACAGUUGGAGAAUGCCGACCCCUCAGCAAGACCGUGAGGUUCAACGUCCUGAAGGUCACCAAGGCUGCUGGAGCCAAGAAGCAGUUCCAGAAGUUCUAGGACUGUUUUAACAAUAUGGCAUCUCUGUAUUGUGGAAAAUAAAAAUCUGUUCUCUAAAUC